AUAGAACUUUGUCGCCAAGCUUAACCAUUAGAUACAUCCAAAGUCAAGAGUACUAAUUAGUGAGCUUAAGAGUACUGUGACUUAUCAACAACUAAAGUUGUUCCUAUUUUCUUCUAAUUUCUUGGCAAAGAGUUGUUGUAGUGGGAAACUAAGAGAGGCAAAUAGAGAAUAGAGAGUGAUUUUAAAUUAUAUUGAUUGAUUAAGAUAAUGGUGAGACCUCCUUGUUGUGACAAAGGAGGAGUGAAGAAAGGGCCAUGGACUCCUGAAGAAGAUAUCAUUUUAGUUACUUACAUCCAAGAACAUGGUCCUGGUAACUGGAGGGCCGUUCCGACCAAUACUGGGUUGCUUAGAUGUAGCAAGAGUUGUAGGCUUAGAUGGACAAACUAUUUAAGGCCAGGAAUCAAAAGAGGAAACUUCACAGAACAUGAAGAAAAGAUGAUAGUCCAUCUCCAAGCCCUCUUAGGCAAUAGAUGGGCUGCAAUUGCGUCAUAUCUUCCACAAAGGACAGACAAUGACAUUAAGAACUAUUGGAACACUCAUUUGAAGAAGAAACUCAACAAAGCCAAUAAUCAAGAUUCUCUUCAAGAAUUUGAUCAAUCAAGAGAACGUUCCUCGUUCUCUUCUUCUCCAUCAUCUUCUUCUGCUAACUCCAACUCAAACAUUUCAAGAGGCCAAUGGGAAAGAAGGCUUCAAACUGAUAUUCACUUGGCUAAGAAGGCUCUCUCUGAGGCUUUGUCUCCUUGUGUAGCACCAAUCCUUACCUCUACAUUUGCCACUACAGCCACAACAUCUUCGUCUACUGAAUCAAGACGUUCUACUUCCUCAGCUGGCAGGUUUCUUAGGACGCAAGAAACAUCUACCACUUAUGCCUCGAGCACCGAGAAUAUAGCAAAACUGCUUAAAGGGUGGGUGAAGAACCCUCCAAAGACUCAGAACUCUGCCGAGCUAAUGGUUUCUCCAGAUUCUGAGACAAAAGAUGUGAUCAAGAGUGAUAUCGAGAAGGAUUGUGCAGGGGCGUUUCAGUCAUUUUCGGGGUUUGAUCAUUUGAAAGAUUGUGACGCAUCCUAUCAUCAUCAGGAUGGAGUUUCACCUGAUCAUGAGACCAAACCAGACAUAAUUGGAUGCAGUAACCAAAGUCAGUGGUCUUUGUUCGAAAAGUGGUUGUUUGAGGACUCUGGUGGACCAAUUGGUGAUAUUGUGUUAGAUGAAAACCCUAAUUUCUUUUGAAGAACUUGCCUAAUCAGAUGGUUCUAAUUUUAGGAUCAUCGAUCUUUUUUCUUUUUUUAUAAUUUAUUUAUUUUUGGCUUUCCGAAUUAACUCGCUUAGAUAUCCUGAGCUAAAUAAUUUUACUUAUUUCACUCGGUAAUUACAAUUGAUUACGGAGGGGUUGUUGUACAAUGGCCUUAUGAAUUCCAAAGGGGUCUGAAAUAUUAUUCACCCAAUGUUUUAGUAUUGGUGUAAAAUUUCUAUCUAUAUUUUACAGUUUAC